AUGGAGGAGGAGGUCUCGAUCCCUCAAGAGACUGGCGCCUUUGAUCGGCUGCCUCCAAAUAUAAUUGAGCACAUUCUUUAUGCCGUCGAUGCCAACGUCUUUGCAUCUUUGACUCUACUGAACCGACAAUGGAGACGGAUAUCAGAGUCGCCGUCGCUGUAUGCUUACCAUCUAUCGCAAUGUUCGUCUUUCACUUGGACAAGAGGGGCAACCCCCGCGCCGAGCGAGACCGACAGUCUGGCCGGCCUCAAACGCCAAUUCCUAGAAGAAAUUAGACGCAAUGCCUUUGAUGUCUUCCUGCGACCUCGUCGCACCCUGGUUCGAUUAAUAUCCAGUUCUAUGAGCUCGUCCACCCCGUUUCCCCAGGGCGAGGUGUUUCGCUUUUCCUUCUCGGCCUACGGUCAAAUGGUGCUCUGCAUUAGCUCGUCUCGAAUUGUCGUGCUAGAUGUGACCAAAGAACCGGUUGCUGUAAAAUACGAACUGCAGACUCGCCGGCGGCCUCUAGGUGCAACAAUCCAAGAUGAUGGUUCCCUACUUGCCGUUCUAUCUUCCACGCAUAAGGUCAAUAUUUAUCGACUGCUGAACGAUGAAGUCAAGCAUUUUCAAACGAUUACCUUGAAUGAUGCCCCCAGAGACUUGACGUUUUCGCCCUUGGGAAGCGUUCUGGCUUUGUCCUUUGAAGACUGCAUUGAGGUGUAUGCCGUAGGGGAAGAGGUUCUGUCGACAGAACGCCGAGCCGCGCGUUGUCCCCGUGUCGAUGCACUCUCUUUCUCCCGAGAUGGUACCAUGUUACUCGGAUCGCCCGUUGAUAAUGACCAAGGUGGCAUCGUCACCAUUACAGCCCCCUUUUACACGGACAUAGGAAUAGAUGCAUCGCCACAGGAGCUCCAAAUGCGCAUGUGGACAACACAGAUUCUUUUCCCAGAGACUACUCCCGAGUUUACUCACGCUUGUCUAAUAAACGGCCACGAGGAAGCGGACGACAGCUGGAUACUUGGUUAUGACAGCGCCCUGGCAGCUUUCCGAGCAAUCAAAGUCAACAACGUCAAUAGCGGAGGUGUAUAUUUUGCUAGCCCCUUCUUGGCCGAUGAGUUGCGAGAAAUGCUGCCCAUUAUGCAACCGUCUACGGAUAAUGCGGGAGAACUCGCUGCUCUAGGGUUUCAAGACUCUGAAAUAUGGAUAUAUGGAGUGCCUGCGUGCCUUGACGUGACUCCACCGAUCCCGGAGGGACAAGAUGCCAAUGACCCCCAUUUCUGUGGGAAUCAUCAUAGUGAGGGACAAUUGGUGCCUCGCGAUAACCGGGCUCAGCUGGAGAAGAUCAUCCAGCAACCCAAGAAGGCUCUUAUUCGUGGCCGGCGGAUCACUGAUAUGCAUGGAGUCACGUCUGCUCGCUGGGUACGAUGUACUGCUUCAAGCCAGCCACGACAUCGGCUCGUUGCCGUGGCACCUGGUGGUGUACGGCCACAAGUGCUCGGUGAAGAAGAUAUCCCCGUGGACGGUGGGAGGAUACUUAUUUUGGAUUUUGAGAGAUCAACUACCAACGGCGAGGAGACCGAGUUGGAUAUCGAAGUAGGCGAGACCGCCCCUGCGAUGCUCACGGAGCCAGACUCUUCACUGGACACUGAAGUAGAAUUGGAAAGGCGACGAACUCGUUUGCACCGUGGAGAUACCGAUCCGACGACCUUGACGGGCCUCGUCCACCGGCCAUCGCGGGCAAUCGCUCGGGAAGCUCGUCGGACUGCAAGUCAACACGCGUUCUCACAUCUUCAUCGAAGCAGUUCUGCCCUUGCAACAUCUCCAGACGGGCAAACUCGUGGUGACGUGGUUGAUAUCCCGUAUGAUAAUACACAGCCUCGUUCGCAAGACACACUUCACCGGGCUGCUACAGCUGCGGCAUCUACGCGGGGACGUUAUGAUCCGCGAUAUCGGAAUACUUCCGGUCGUCGUCAAAUUCCACACGAGAGCGAUGCAGAUAACUGGGUGCCACCGCCACCGCCUUACACUCGCGAAGCUGAUCAACCUCUGCCAGAAGAUCUUCAGAUAACACUUCUUCCAAGCAGGUCUUCAAAUGCUCAGAAUCAAACAAACGGCACUGCUCAGCCUGUUCAGCCUGUUCAGCCUGUUCAGCGAGCACAGACCGCCCGUGUGGCCCGACAAACCCCGUCGGAUCGUCCUCGUCCGCAAUCUGCUUUCCUUCAACGUCUUGGCUCAAUUACUAGCAAUAGACGUACCAGUAGAGGUAGAAGGGAUUCCUCUUCUGCUGCCGGAGAAACCCCUGGCCUGGAGCGAGCCUAUCCAGAAAUACCGCAAGUGCCGCACAUACCAGAUCAACAUCUCGCCAACCACGCAACAACGACACAGAACUAUCAUGCCUGGCCCGCGCGCUCCGACAUGAGAAGUGCAUCCAUACCCAAUCUCCCAGUCGCUACCAACCACCUGCGCUCUCUCCAACCCCUCCCAACACUAAGCCUCCACCCAGCCGAACAACCAGCCCAGCAAGGGCAAGCCACCCUAGGAGCAACACUAGGAGCAACCCUCCUCGGUGAAGACUACCUUUCCUACUCCGUAUCUUCUCCGAAUCUGCUGCACAUCCCCCAGCCGUCCGGCAACGCCUUAGAUCUCACUGAAGAAGACGAAGAGGCACAGAUCCCCGCCAGACAGAGAUCGUUCCGCCGGCGGGUAUCGACGGAGCCGAAUAGCUUGCCGCCGCCUGCGAAUGAGGAGUGGCGGAGGCGUAUUGAGGAUUGGAACGAACAUACUAUCCGGGAAAGGAGCCGGAAGCGUCGAAAUAAGUGUAUUGUCAUGUAG